GGUAAAGUCGCCGAUUCGAAUAUCCGUCGCAGUCGCGGAUGCUCGGUCGAAGCGGCGAGAUCGAGAGCAGGAGACGCGAGCAAAACGCGAUCGCGAUCGAUCGCGAUCGAUCGAUAUUUUGUCGUGUCUCGUGUCGAUUUAUUAUUCGGAAAAAGUGAUAAAAGGUGCUCACGGAAAUUUUGAAUGAUCUUUAUUCAUCUUUAUCGUGAUAUAUAUUCAAAAAUUAAUCGAAUAGAGAUUGAUCGAUGAUUUAUCAUUGAUCUUUGUAUUGAAAAACCAGCCGAUUUUAUGUCCCUUUGUAAAUAAAUACGAAUCGUUUUAAUAGUGAUCUCUUAGUAAUCUUUGAUAUCAUUGAAUUAACAUUAAAAUCGAUUGGAAAGAUAUCUAUCUUCGCAGAAGGAUCUACGAAGUUACGAUUCGUCAAAUAAACACGCUUUCAAGUUUAUAGCGAGAUGAUGGCUACUUAGAAAAUCAUUUAAAGCUAUCGUACGAUUAGUACUUUUCAGUGACGAAAGAGAUAGCAAUCAAAGCGUUAAUUGGAAAUGGAGAGACCUUGAAUUUGCCAGAUAGGACCAUUUCUGGUGUCGAUCCUCGCGAGAUGUGGACGAGCAGGAGCAUAAGUCUCCUGAUAACGACAAUGAUCGUUCUAAUCGGCGAUCGGACGACGAAUUCUCAAAAGCCUCGGCUUGGUGGUGCCGUAAACGUCUUCACUCGUUACGGUUAUCUCAGCAUCAGUAUGAGGGUUGUACCGCGUAACGAUACGGACACUUGGAUAUUUCGUGAACCAACUUUGGAUGUCUUUAGGAAUCCAAUGGCGAUGCCACCGAAUCAAUUACAACAAGGGAAAUCUAUGACGAGCGUAUUCGAUGGUGAUUUUCAUAUGGAAUUUUGUGACAACGUGAGGCAACUCCUACAGGCAUAUUUCCGUGAUUUCGCUUUCGAGAAAUUAGAAAGACCUUGGCGAGCCUUUACUGGCAGUUGGUCCAAGGCCGCCAUAGCCAGGCAUCUUGGUAUCAACUCCUCUUUCAUCGGUGGUGAUUAUUGUUACGUGCUUGUACGGGUCGCCAGAUUUCGAGAUAAUCAGAAGCUAAUUGCCACUGCUGAAUCUUUACUCCUCGAUGAAGUUGUACUCAGGGAAACGGAAAACGUCACAGUUGGUGAUACCUUCAGUGUCGUUAACUUCAUCAGGAAUUAUGGCUCUCAUUACAUCGCUUCUUAUAUCACUGGAAAUUCACUCUAUCAGGUAUUUGUUUACACCCCUCAAGUAUAUCUACGUAUAAAGGAACGUUUGAAAACACGGGGUGUCUCGGAGCUUUCGACCUUGGAAUUAAACAAUUAUUUCUCACCUUGGUACGCCGAGCAUAUGGGUGCCAUACAAUCAGCAAGCGGUAAUCGUUCAGUAGAAGCUUGGGCAGUCGAGAGACUCCGAGUGCAGUAUUACAUCUUCUCGUAUGCGAGCUUGUUAAAGCUUCAUGGUGAUGCGGCCUUGCUUAGACAAUUGGAUGGCUUGCUCGGAAACGAGGCACUGUUACAACUCCAACUUCGUACCUUGGCACCAGUUUUCAAGGAUUCGAAGAGACGCGAGUGGUUCCUAGAAGUGAUCGACAAUUAUUUUAAGCUUUGGGAAGUGAACAUGUGAAGAGAUGGUCAAAUUUACGACUCGACGAAUGCUACGUCGUAGAAAAAGAAAAAAAAGAAAGAAAAAAGAAAAAAAGAAGUCUUCGUUUCAUUGUGAUUCGCGUCCAAGUUAAGGACGUUAGAGGAAUAUGGUGGUACGAUCUUCGAGAUGAUUCGGCUGAUGAUCGAAAACCGGUUCGGUGAUUCCACGGAUUUCCUCUUUGAUUAAACGUUCCUGGAAGCCGUACUAAACUAUAUAUUACGUACACAUGACUUUUCACGUAUUUAGCCCAACUGUUAUUGUUAUAAAUAAGUAUUUAUUAUUAUAAUCGUUAAUAGAAAACAUUUUUAUACAAAAAGUUUUUCAUAUAUCACAAGCGUUAUUCAAUAAGAUCUCUGAUCGGAAAACGCGCUGAUUUGAACGUCAUAUAGAAUAUCGAUCUAUCAAAUUAAUAUUUUCAUCAUGAUUUUCUCGAUUAAGAAGAAACGAAAGAAAGUUCAAUUAGUAAUGAAUCAAUCGCGCUCGAUGGACUGCUUUUAAGUUUAAAGAUUUAUAGACGUAACACGUUGAACAUUUUAACGGGAAAUUUUCUGUUAAAAAAGCAGCGGCGUUUUCCGUUUGAUUAUUUACGUUAAUUCGUUUGAUAUUAGGAUUAAAGUGUCUGACGUACAUAUGUUGGACGGUAAUGAGGAUAA